GCAGAACGACAAGGCGACCAGCGGGAGGUGGCGAGGAAAACUGACAGUGUUCUUUAUUUUUUGCUCAUUUCUCUGCCAUAACUUCACGCCGCGCUGCCAAAACUUCAGGACAAUUAGGGGAGAGCCGUCCCACAGGCCACAGCCAUGAGGAACCUUGCAAUAGUGGACCAUCGGAGGCAGGCCGUCCCAUCAGUGCCCCGGGACGCCCUGCUGUGUGUGGACCCUCUUACUAUGGCCCCUUACAUGGCCACCACACAGGCCAUACACUGCUUGGACAAGGCCCCUCCCAGCUGGUCAACCGUCACCUGGGAUCAGCACGGCAUCCACACAGCGCGGAUUGUGUCAGUGGAAUGUGUCGCCGCCGCCGCCGCGCUGUGUGUCGUCACCGCAGAGGGUCAGGUCAUCACUGUGGGGGAGGAUGGACAGGUUGAGAUAACAGGAGAGGUGACAGACGGGAUCGCAGCCGCAGAGUGGAGCCCAGACCAGGCUCUCGCUGUGGUGACCUCAUCUGACCUUACCCUGCUGAUGACCUCCACCUUUGACCCCAUCGCUGAGACAAGCUUAAGCGAACAAGGUCAGAACGCGAUGGUUUCCUUAGGCUGGGGGAAGAAAGAGACGCAGUUUCACGGAUCAGCUGGUAAGGUCGCUGCCCAUGUGACCUCUGACUUCCGACCUGCACCAGAGUGGGAUGACGGACUUCCUAGGGUGUCCUGGCGUGGCGACGGAGAACUGUUCGCCAUCUCCCACCUCCAGAAUGGCAGAAAUAUCCGAAAAAUCGCCAUAUUGAACCGAGAGUGCACAAUCCUUUAUAUCUCGGAGAAUAUUGACGGUUUGGAAUCUCCGCUAGCGUGGAAGCCGAGCGGAGGGGUCAUAGCAUCCACUCAGACCACAUCCACCAAACACCAAGUCACAUUUGUCGAGAAAAAUGGAUUAAAACAUGGCGGAUUUACGUUGCCAUUUGCUCCGGGAACUAUGAAUGUUGAAACGUUAAUUUGGAGUGCAGAUUCGAGCGUCCUGGCUGUGUGGAUGAGGCCGCUACUGAGGAGGAGGGAGGUGGAGGAGGUGGUGCAGCUUUGGAUGUGUGGAAAUUAUCACUGGUAUUUGAAAAGGGAGAUUAGGUUUGGUGGAAGAGGGUUAAGUGGAGGAGGAGGAGGAGGACAGAAGGAAGGAAAAGGAAAUGAAGAAGGAAAUGAAGGAAAAAAUGAAGAUAAUAAAGAAAAGAAAAAUGUGAAAAUCAAGAAAAUCAAGAAAAUAGAAGACUUAAAAGAAGAAAAUCAGAAGAAGGAAGAAGAAGAAGAAGGAAAAACAAAAAAACAUCAAAAACAACAAGAAAAUAUUAUCAGCAUUAAGUGGACCGAGGAAUCCACACCACCACUCCACACACUCCACAUCCUCACCACCACACACCACCACCGCUUCACCGUCUGCCACACCACACACCACAGCCUGGGCCACACACCACAGGACCCAGCGAGUGUGGCUGUGGUGGAUGGCCGUACCCUCCACAUCACCCCAUUCCGCCACACCAUUGUCCCUCCACCGAUGUCCGCUUACCAGGUGGAAUUUGCCGAUGUUAUUAAUUCCAUCGCAUUUUGUUCUGAUGGUGAUGGUGGUGGUGGUGGUGGUGGUGGUGUGGAUGACUCAGGGUAUGUGGAUGUGGAUGUGGAUGUGUGUGGGAGUGUGUGUGUCCAGCAUGGUGUGGAUAGGCUAACUUUUCUGUCAGCCGGAGUGGAUGGUGAGGUGGAAGGGUGUGUGGUUCGUGUGACAGGGGCAGGUGGGCAGGGUUUCAGGGAGUGUGUGGUGCCGGUGGGUGUGUGUGGCCAGUGUGAGGUGCAGUGGCCAGCCGGUGUGUCCCCCCGGCCGGCCAGCGCCAGGGAAAUGUACCACUGGGCCUGGCCGCGAAGGGAUUUAUUGCUGGCGGUGUUUGGUGUUGAUGGUGUGUGUUUCCUGGUGUUUAUUGAGGUGGUGGAGGCAAGGCGGGCCGUGGCCAAGGAAGUGGUGGCCCUAGAGGACUGUGUGGUGGCCAUGGCUGCCUCGCCGACGCUGGCAGCCCUGCAGCUGGCCUCAGGGAGUGUUGUGAAGGUGGAGCUGGCCACACGCCGCCUGGACCCCUGGCUGCUGGAUGGCCAUGAGGUGUGUCUGCCGGCCGCUUCACACCAGCUGCUCCUCUGCCCCCUGGAGGGUGUGGCUGGCCCCACCCCGCUGGCCCUCACACCCCGGGGCCGCCUGUACUUGGGCCACAGACAGGUGCUGGCUGGCUGCACCUCUGUCUUGCUGCACACACACCACCUGCUGGCCACCACCGCCGCACACACCCUGCUGGCCACACCACUCACCACCCCUGCCCUGGCCGCCCUGGAGGAGACCGCCAGUGGUAGUGGUGGUGGUGGUGGUGGUGGUGUGCGUCGGGUGGAGCGAGGUGCACGGCUGGUGUGUGGCGUGGGGCACGACACCCGUGUGGUGUUGCAGAUGCCCCGCGGCAACCUGGAGGUGGUGAGCCCUCGCCCCUUGGCCCUACACGCCCUGGGCCGCCUGGUGGGUGCACGGCAGUAUGGGGCGGCGCUGACCCUGGCCCUGCGCCACCGCAUCGACACCAACCUGCUCUACGACCACCAGCCGGACCACUUCCUGGCCGCCGCGGACCACUUUGUGCAGGAUGUGGCCGCACCGCAACGCCUUGACGUGUUCCUGGCUGCCCUCACCGACGUAGACUGCACCACCACCACCUAUGCCUUCCACUACCCCGCCCGCCACACCGCCACCGCCGCGCCGGGCAAGGUGGUGGCAGUGUGUGAGGCAGUGCGGGCAGCCAUGGAGGGCCAGGACAAGGGACGGCUGCUGCUGCCCAUCCUGACGUCGCUGGUGCGGUGCGGCCGCAUGGAGGAGGCGUUGGCCAGGCUGGGGGACAUGCGGCGGCAGGCUGAGGAGGGCCAGGUCUUCCCUGUGGGGCCGGAGGAGGGACUGCGGCACCUGCUGUACCUGGCCGACACUGAUGAGCUGUACCGUGUGGCCUUGGGCACCUACGACCUGUCCCUGGCCCUCAUGGUGGCCCAGCGGUCCAAGCGUGACCCCAAAGAGUACUUGGCCCAGCUCAACAGCCUGGCAGCGCUGCCCGGCCCACUCCAGCGCUUCAGGAUCAACGCCACGCUGCAGCGCUUCACCGCAGCCCUGCACGGCCUGGACGACACCGUCCCACACCGCACUGAGGCCCUGGCCAUGGUGGACACACACGGCCUGCACGCCCUGGCCCUGCCGCUGCUGCCGGACGGCUCAGAGGUGAAGGCCACCGUGUGUCACAGUUAUGGCCGCCGCCUGCUGGCCCAGAACAGGCCGGGGGAGGCGGCCAUCAUGCUGGGGCGUGCUGGCCAGCACCAGGCAGCCCUGGAGGCUUACCGAUCUGCUGGGAACUGGCAGAUGGCCCUGGUGAUGGCUGCCUGCCUGGGCCUGGCCAAGGAGCGAGUGGGUGAGUUGUGCCGGGAGCUGGCCGAGGCGCUGCGUGGCCAGGGCCGCCACACAGAGGCCGCCCGGCUCUACGAACACCACCUGGGUGAUGAGGAGGAGGCUGUGGCCUGCCUGACGGCCGCAGGGGAGUGGCAGGACGCCCUGCGCCUGGCCCACCACCACGGCCGCCCCGACCUGCUGCAGACACACGUGCAGCCCGGCGCCCGCCAGCAGGCCGCCGCCACGCUAGCCGACAUGCAGGAGGUGGCCGCCACCAUCACCAGCCAGGUGGCCCGGCUGGCCGUGGUGCGGGCAGCACAGCAGCGGCAGCACACAGCCAGCCUGGCCCUGGCCGCCGAGGACGCCCCGCUGGACUCUGACCUGUACUCGGACACCAGCACAGUGGCCGGGGGGGAGCCGGGCCGCCGUAGCAUGGCCAGCAGCAGUGGCGGCGGCAGCAGCAGCAGGUCUCAGCGGUCCAGCAAGAGUCGGCGCAAGAUGGAGCGGAAGAAGUACAGCCUGAGGGAGGGCAGUGCCACGGAGGACCUGGCCCUGCUGGCCGCCCUGCACCACACCUACACCACACUGCAGGGCCGCGCCACCACCACCACCACACUCUGCACCGCCCUGCUCACCCUGGGCCACGACGCUGAGGCCACACACCUGCACACCGCCUUCGCAGACCUCCUGAAGCUGGCCCGGGCCAAGCAGGCCGAGAUCUGGCCGGUCGCCGCGCAGCCUGACCAGGAGGAGUUUGGGCCGCAGCUCACCACCCAGGCCGCCGUGGACCGGGUGAUGGCCGGGGCGGGUCCGGGGCCAGCCGGCGGGGCACUGGUGGCUGCCAGGAUGGCCAUGCUGGAGCCACACCUGCGCUUCCCACCACCACCUGUCACUGACGCCUGGCAGCUGACCAUGCUGGCACCACAGGACAAGGCACACUGACCACCACCACCACCACCACUAAAGAGUGCUUUGUUCCUUCCUUCCUUCCUUGAUUUCCUUCAUUGUUUUGUUGAGUCACAACUCUCACCUGUAUUGUCAAACACUUGGCUCUCACCACCACCACUCUUUCCAAAGCCUCCACUUCAAGAUACUCCUGUCUUGAGUCUUGAGGAGUGUUUCUGUCAUUCUGGUGAUGGAUUGCCAAGACUUCUGGUGUGUGGAGAGGAGAAACUGCCUUGAAAACCCAGCUAGUUGUGUUUUUAAGAGUGUUCCUAUGGUUAGGAAGAUGGAUUAGCAAGAUUUCUGGUGUAUUGAGAGGAGAAACUGCCUUGAAAACCUGACUAGAUGUGUUUUUAAGAGUGUUUUUAUGGUUCUAGUGAUGGAUUGGCAAGAUUUCUGGUGUGUUAACCCAGCUGUGGCCUUGGUAAAUUGUCGUAGUGAGAGAAUAAACUGUUUUUCAUUAUGAUCAUCAGGGAAGCAAAACACGUCAUUCAUUUUAUCGUCAUCUUUGUUGUUGUUAUUAUUAUUAUUAUUAUUUUUUUUUUUUUUUUUUUAUUUUUCUGUAAUUAAAUUUGAAUGCAAUUUCUGAUACAUUUCUUUAUUUUGUUUGUUGGUAAAUGUUGAGUGAAAUGCAAUCUCUCUCUCUCUCUCUCUCUCUCUCUCUCUCUCUCUCUCAGCACAGUGUAAUCAGUAUCAAUAUAUAAUUUGUGAAUACUGUCUUGUAUAUAACUUGUUUUUUUUUUUUGCAGUAAAAUUGUAAAAUCACA